GGACGGGGUCGGCCGGGACUGCUGGCGGGAGCAGAGCGCCCAGAAGCCGCGGAGCGGGCACCUGAGCAGCGGCUCUCCGCACUCGCUGUCCUCUCCUGCUUAGCCAGGACCCCUGCCCCAGAGCCCGGCGACUCUCGGCGGUCGUCCGCUCAGCCUCGAGGGCCCCUCGCCUCACCUGCGCGUGCCGCGCCCUGCGCGCCCUGUCCGGCAGUCGCAAUGAGCGAGCUUAGCACCAAAACAUCCCCAGCAACCAACCAAGCAUCUAGCCCAGAGGAAAAAGGGAAAGCUGGCAAUGCCAAGAAGGCUGAGGAGGAGGAGGAGAUUGACAUUGACCUGACGGCACCGGAAACAGAGAAGGCUGCCCUGGCCAUUCAGGGCAAGUUCCGGCGAUUCCAGAAAAGGAAAAAGGAUCCCAGCUCCUGAAUGGCUGGCCUUGCCCUUCACCCUGCUCCCUUCUCCCCCCGUUUCCACAGCCCUGUCUCUUUGUCCCUCUGGCCUCUCUUGGAGGCAAGCUCAGCCUUUCUAUCUUCUCUUCGCUGGCCCCCCUCAAGCCAUCCCAGCAGGAGAGACACCAAGAACGUGGGGAAGGUGAAGACUUCAGUUGGUAGGCGCCUGCCUAAGUAGCUAUGCCUGUCCUGUGAGGUUCAAGAACAACAGGCUUGCAGGUUGAGAGACCUCUGCAACCCCCAACACACACACACACUGUGGGAAGGAGGGGGAAGCCCUGAGGGUUGGACUCUGUGCAGUUCUGCCAGGACAGCGUACACACGUCGGGUAACUUUCCUCCCUCAGAUCCCUCUGCACCACCAGUUCCGUUCCAGCUGUGCUCAAGACCCAGCAGGGACUGGAGUCUCCAUUCCCCCUAAGCAGCCCUAAGUCCAGCAGCUUAUCACCUUAGUGCAUGCUGAGUAGAUUAGCUAGGUCCAAGGAAGAGAGACCAACUGGGACUGGCAGAGGCAAGAAAACAUUUCCUUUUUCAACUAGUCUGGGACUGCCAGGGGCAGAGGUAGAAGAGAUUCCAGGAGCCACAGGCAAGGAAGGGAGAAGUAAGACAGAUUGAAGGAGGAGCGAAAGGUAAAGAGGAAGAGCUCUGAAGCCACGUUCCUGCCGGUAAAAGCAUAUGAUGAAAGGGAUUCUUGGGGCUUUGCAGACCUGCCUACCUCUAACCCCCAAGUCUAACCAUCCCCAGAGACCACGUGAACCAAGUGACCCCAUAGUUCCCACCUGUCCCACUGUGGAGUCAGGGCAGAAACGGAAUAGCCAUUCUAUGUGAUUUUAGCAUGUUUAAUAAUGAUACCAAUAAAAAUAACCUCAGAUGGGGUC